GUUUCCAUUCUCACUCUUUGUCUACAGCUUUAAUGUUGUUAGAUCUGUCUUUUACGUCGCUUCGAAGUCUCCUUUCCUUCCUUGACAUACCCUACGAAUCCCUAAUAAUCCAACACUACACUUCCUUCUCCCACUCUAGAUCGAGAUCUCUUCAAUGUCGUCUCCUAAUCCCUACUCCAAGCGUCGCUCUCCGCCGUCUGUCUCCCCUGCGCAGCCUCGGUCGAAAUCCACCGGAGGUUUCUUCUGUAAGUCUGUUCUUUUCGCUCUCUUCCUCCUCGCCUUGCCCUUGUUCCCAUCUCAGGCUCCUGAUUUCGUCGGCGAGACCGUACUCACCAAGUUCUGGGAGCUGAUUCAUCUCCUUUUCGUCGGCAUUGCUGUCGCUUAUGGUUUGUUUAGCCGUAGGAAUGUGGAAUCCGCCGUUGAUUUAAGGAUGAGCCGUGUAGAUGAGUCUUCCUUGUCUUAUGUAUCUAGGAUCUUCCAGGUCUCCUCGGUUUUCGACGAGGAGUUAGGAGAGAAUUCGUGUGAUUUUGUUGAUGUUAGGAGUGAGUCUCAUUCGAUUAACGUGAGUUCUCGUGACUCUGUGGUGGUUAGGGAGAGAAAGUCCGAGUCUUUUGCUGUUGAAACCGAAUCGGAAGAAUCGUGUGAAUAUGGUAAAAUCAGUCAAGUCCAACAAGCUUGGAACUCGCAGUAUUUCCAAGGAAGAUCUAAGGUUGUGGUUGCUCGACCUGCUUAUGGUCUUGAUGGCCACGUUGUGCAUCAGCCAUUAGGCUUGCCUGUUAGGAGUUUAAGGUCAGCUUUGAGAGACAAUGCAGCUCCUGAAGAUGACUCUUUUUCUGAUACUUGUGAUGGAACUGUGAAUGGGGAAGCUGAUGAGUCGUUGGCUGAUGAGAAUUUUGAUGAGGUCAUGCCUGCUCCUCCUUCACCUGUUUCAUGGCAGUCUAGACCUGAAAUGAUGGGAAUGGGAGAGAAUUAUCCAUCAAACUUUCAGCCUCCAUCUGUAGAUGAAACUCAGUUUGAGAAGACUCUUAAAUCGAGGUCUUCUCGGUCUACUGUUUCUUCCUCGUCACAAACUAGUUUUGCAUCACACACUCAGAACAGAUUCUCGCCUUCUCGUUCUGUUUCUGAAGAGUCGUUAAACUUGAAUGUGGAUGAAUCGGCCAAGGAAAAGAGUCUUCAGGGUUCUUCACGGUCUACUUCGCCAUCCUUGCCCCCAUCACCAUCACUGUCUCUAUCACUAACUCCACCAUCGCCAGAAUUAGUUGCCGAUGAUACACACAGGCGUGUCUCACAUUCUCGGCAUUAUAGCGAUGGUUCCUUGUUAGAGGAAGAUGUAAUAAGGCGGGGAUUUGAAAAUGAGUUGGAGGUGAAAAAAGUCAGAGGCAGAAGAACAGAGUUCUCAAGUAGGAAGGAAACGGGAUCUAAAUCACUGAAAUUGACUGCUGAAAGUUCUCGGAGAGGGAACAAGUCUCGCAGAUCCUAUCCUCCUGAGUCCAUCUCAUCUCCUGUUGGUGGUGCUGCCUCUUCCACAACUAGAAGACGGGAUCUUCAGCGAAAGAGUGAUGACCAUUUGUUUGAAGACAAUAUCGGGAAAAGAUUGGAGGCUGACCAUAGCAAGCUGAGAGUCAAGAAAGGACGGAGUCACGACUCUUUGGAGCUAACAGCAGAAGACUCUGCAAAGGACGAGAAUUUCAGUGAAUCUUUUCCUGCUCUUGAUGUACUGUUCCAACCAACGAAUGCUAAAGCUUCAAGGCGUGCAAUGCAUUCUUCACGAGGGGAACGUGACACUUUGCCGGAGAAAGACAUCACAAGAAACACAGAGGAUGACUCUGUGGAUAAGUCCAGACAGAAAGACCAUCCUGGUAGUAACAAGGAGUUGGAAUCAAACAGUCCGAGACGUGAAUCACAUUCUUUGAGAGCAUCUACUAAAGCUUCAUUGAGAGGAAAGUCCGUGAGGACCAUAAGAAGUGAUCGUCGCGGGAAAGAUUUAAAGACAGAUGGAGGAGAUUCAUCUGAUGACAGGGCAGAAGCUAAAGUAGAAAGCCGUGGAAGAACCAAAACGAGAAGAAAAUGGCAAGAGGAGCUAUCAAUUGUACCACACCAGGAGAAAUUUUCAGAAACUCUCGGUAAAUCAGAGGCAGAAGAUGAUAAUGUUAGGGAGGAGACAGAGGCAGAGCAACCUCAAGUAACGUUAGAGGAAGAAGAAGCUGCUUGGGAAAGCCAGAGCAAUGCAAGCCAUGACCAUAACGAAGUUGAUAGAAAAGCCGGUGAGUUCAUAGCGAAAUUCCGAGAACAGAUUCGGUUGCAGAAACUCACUUCCGGUGAACAACCUAGAGGAGGAGUCACUGGUAUUAUCAGAAACAGCCAUUUCAGAUGACUAUCACCAUUGCUUCAUUUUACUUGUAUUAUUAUUUGAUGUAAUAUUUAUUUAUCGAUGCAUUGUUGAUGAGAAUCUGGAGUAUCCCAUCUGUUUGAGGUUUAUAUU